AAUUCAGAUGGACUAAAACCUCUUUAUUUCUGAUACUGGUGCUUCAGUUUACAGCGGCAGCAACAGGAGCAUAUUUCAGGUCCUCCAUUGUCAGAGCUGGAGAUGAAGUCACUUUGUCGUGUCAAAUAGACAGUCAGGUUUGUGACAGUACUACCUGGAUCUUCACUGAUUCAAGCCACACAGAAGUAGAUCUGGUUCAUGAUGGGAGGAUUGUUGAAGAAGCCAAAUUUAAACCAGACAGACUGAGUGUUACAAAGAAAUGUUCUCUGGUUAUAAAAAAGGUCACAGAGGAGGAUGUUGGUCGUUACACCUGCAGACAGUUCAGAUCAGGACAAGUUCUUGGAGACACUGGGGUUAUUCUGUCUGUUGUUACCAUGACUGAACAUCACGACAGUGAUGAGGUGACGUUCCACUGCUCUGUGUCGACAUAUGGACAAUGUCAACACACAGUGAAGUGGCGGUUUAAGAGUCAAGAUGUGGAUGAAUUAAGUAACGAACAGAUGAGGACAUCACAGUAUCCCUGCUACGCCUCCAUGACCGUUCCUACUUCUCAUUUUAGUUACACAUCAAGGUAUCAGUUCUUUAGGUGUGAAGUGACUGAAGGAGACAAAGUGCAGGAGUUUCCCUUCAGCCCUCAGUCCUCAGGUGAGAAACCAGGUGAGGACACAAAAACAACAACAACAACAACCACAGAAUCAUUAACAACUGAAAGCAGCAUUAAAUCAGGAACCAAUGAUGUUCCACCAAAACCACAAGAUAUGUUGGUGUACAUCAUCGUGGCUCUGGUUUUAGUAGCACUCUUAAUAAUCAUUGUGGCUGUCAUCAGUUGGAAGAAAACGAAAGGAAAUACAACACAGAAGAACGACAAAGUUGGGCUGACCUCAAACUCUGAAGCAACUCAGUCUGCUCCAGAAACCAGUCAGGACACGGCUGAUCCUGGAGGUGGUGUUUCCUACGCCUCCAUCAGCCACACCAAGAAGACCGGCAGAGCCCAGGUUCGGCAUAAAAAUGAUGACGAUGCAGUGACCUACACAACCGUGAAAGCUUCCUCCGCUGAUCCCAGUGACCUCUACGCUACCAUCAACUAAUCUGUCUAAUCUGUCAUCAGAUAUUUGCUAAUAUCUGUUAACGUUUAUGAUCAUUUUCAGGAUGGAUUAUUGUAAACAGCUUCCUAUUCAGAAGGGCGUGUAGUAGGUUAACUAGUGUUGCAAUGUAGAAAGGGGAAGUAGUAGUUCAACAUGUAUAUAUGUGG